AUGACGCCAACAUGGCCAGCUACCGCUUCCUGGUCCAGCAGCUUUCCGGCAACUUCAACGGUUUGCGAGUUCCUCCACGUCUCCCGCGCGGACAUUGAAGCGGCUGAUGCGCUGGCCAAGAUAAGUUCCAGCCAACAAGCAAUCCCACCCGGCGUCUCCCUCGAGCACUUGCGGAAGUCGUCCAUCAAGCCGUCUCCGGAUUCCCAGUCCAUCUUCGUCCCGGACGACCCCGCGGCUCCCCCACCCAACCCUGAAGACCCCGGCCCAGUCCCGGGGCUGCUGGCUCUGGCUCAGGGGCUGCCGGCCUUGGCCCGGGGGCUGCUGAUCCCGGCCCAAGGGCUGCCAUCUCCAACCCAGCGGCUGUUGUCUCCGACCCGGGGGGCUGCCGGCUCUGGCUCGGGGGCUGCUGUGUCCAACCCGGCAGCCGUUGUCUCUGACCCGGGGGUUGCCGCCCCGGAUCCCACCCUUGUGGUCGUCUUCACUGUGGUGACGGCUCCGUCUUGGGCCCAUCCAAUCCUGGCUUUCCUGGAGAGCGGAGCACUACCCAUGGACGAGACCAAGUCCCGGCAUGUGCAGUGCCGGUCGUCCGCCUACAACAUCAUCAACAACGAGCUCGUCAAGCGCAGCACGACGGGUGUGUUCUAG